CUUGGGUAUGGAAUACCGUCUGUGGCAGUUCGUAUUACAUACAUGGGGACCGGGCUAGGAGAUUUAUCUUGUAAUAACAGUCAGUGUUGUGUUCGUGGAAGUACACAGUGUUUAAAAGUGAUACAGUUUGGGAGUUUCACUUUUACCUGAUGUAAAACAUUUUCCCUGCAUCUUAGAUUUACUUGAUGUUCAAUAAACAUGCCUUUUCCGUGAAUCUUUAUUUGAAGUACAUUAAACACAAUUGUUCUGUGGAGUAUUUAUUCUGUAACAUGCACUGGGAUAACAACAAGACUUUGCUGCGUAAUACUGGAGACAUGUUAUUUCACAUACAUGUAUAAACAUCUGAAAAUUUCUGUGGAAACUAUAAAAAAUGUUUAUAGACUGGUAUGAUCUGUCUGUACUGGAUUAUUUCUGAUUGGAUUUCUUAUUCUGCGUGUGGUUAUUUUUACGGGUUGUCAUGGCAAUGACGUCGGAGGUAGCACAGUACGUGGAUUUACGCCUCACCAUAGACAAUAAUGCACCGACAUAUGAUUAUACAGAAUACCAGGAAGAACUCGAGAACACUCAACACCAGCUGAUUGUUGAGCAGCAUAAAGCUGCUCAGAUUGGAUUUGAGAAGGGUAGUACAGAAUCUGAUGUAGUGCGUAUUAUGGACUUUGAUUCCGAACCCAGCAGUGAGGAUCAUACGAGAGAAAGUUCUCGACAGGAAAGUCAUUCUGGUACAAAAGACAAGAGGAGUCAGUCUAGUAGUAGAAAACAGAGCGAGUCUUCCCCAUCUCCAGAGAAAGGAAAGGUUGCAUCUGACAGCACGAAAGCUACUAAGACAGAAGAUGGAAAGGAGUAUGCUGAGAUGUCGACCCAGGAUGAAGGUGGAGACCCUGCCAACGCCGUCGUGGAUGAGCAGGAAAUCAAGAGAGUGCGGAAGUCGAAGUCGACGCUGGAAACUGUCGAAGAGUUGGAUGUCCUCGAUUACGAUUUGGAAGAUGAAGCAUCAUGGGCCAGUAUCCCAAAGGAUCAAGCCCCAAGCCAGUUUGCACAGUACAGAAAGCAGUGUGUGCGACGGUUGAAGGAUCUCGAAGAACAGGUUCAGCUGAUGCAGGCGAAGACACAGAGGAAAGUUCAGUCACUGAAGGCGCAGUUCCAAGAACACAAGAGCAAGUGGGAGGCGGAGAGAAAGAUUCUAGUAAGACAAGUGACGCAGGCUCUCGAGAUGAAGACAGACGCUGAGAAAGAGGCUGAUUCGGCCAUGACCUCACUGGAAGAUUUCAUCAACGACCAAGAAAAACUGGAUGACGAGGAUGCGAAAUUGAGAAAGGAGAAUCCCAUCACCAUAGAAACGGCCGACUCGGCUAAGGAAGUGGACGGGCCCGAGCCAGACAUGAAGAAACUCAUGCAGCAGACUGAUGAUGCCAAGGUAAAAGAGUUAACUUCAAGGGUGACAACUUCUGGUGCUAUUUCUGCACCUCCUGCCAUUGAAGACUCUGAAACUGUUGAUGGAGAACGGCCAAGUGCAUCUGCCAAAUCAGAUGAACACCAAGCUUCUUUUGUCGACUUGAAAGAAUUUCCACCACUAGAGGUCACUGCUUCAAGUGAAAAUGAUCUGACUGUUACCUCGGGUGGAAUGGAACAACACAGCAGAUCGUCAUCAGUGAGAAUGUCAAGCAGAGAAUCAAACUGUAGAGACUCUGUCCUUGACACCAGGUCAGAUCCAAGGUCAAGGACGGACCCAGGGUCAAGGUCAGACCAAAGGUCAAUGUCAGGUUCAAGACCCAGGUCAGCUAAAUCUGAAUCAGCUAAAUCGGAGGUCAAUAAGCCUGGGUCUUCUGUCUCAGCAGAAGCAGACGUGAACAUUUCUGAUGCUGAAAAAUCGGUAGCUGAUGCCGAAAAAUCGGUAGCUGAAGAUGGAAGUAUUUCCGGGCGAAUCUCAUCAUGCAAAUCAGUACCAUCGCAUCAAGACCAAGAGUCUGUGAGAAAAGCGAGCAUAGCCAGUUCUCUUUCCCUUAAGAGGAACUCUUUAGAUGUGAAGAAAGUAGAUAUGACAGAGUUGGAAAUGCGCCAGAUGUCGGCUAAGAGCAGGGCCUCCUUAAGGAGUCAGUACAAGAACAAGCUGGAGGAGACGAAAUCAGCCGUGGAGGAGAGGAGACUCAAGUCUCCAGCAAUUUCGGUUCCAUCGCAGUGUUCUUUGACGGACGAACUUAUCCUAGAUGAAGAAGAUGAACUUUUGAUAGAUGCUGGGAAAGGGGUCGUAUUUAAGUUGUUCUGUGAUGCUGGAACGUCCCCACCUGGAACAAGACACAAAGUCUGUCCAACUCCACUAGUGGAUUUCCCACUUGUCACUGACUUUGUGAAGAGCUAUGAUGAAGUCGUCAAGUUCAAGGACACACUGAGCAAGAUUCUGCUGGACAAAGACAUGAUGACGGCCAGCCAGAUUGUAUCUGAGAUAGAGACCCUGCAGUUUGAUCGCAGCAUAAAGAUCUUGCCUCAGGUUGACAGAAUGACCUACAACUUAACUUACAUCUUAGAAGAAAUUACUACCCUGCUGAAGAACACAUUAAUUAAUGAUCGAGAGCCAGAGGUAUCCUCGCUCAUGAAUGUGUCACGUGACCAGACGAAAACCACACUGAUUCGGGAAAAAUCUACCGAAUCUAACCGAGGUAUUCUCGCCACCAGAGGGAGUUUACAGUCAGACGUAUCCAUGACGACAGACCACCAGAGUCGUAUGUCGGAGAGCAAACAGUUGUUGAUAGAUCUGCAGGAAAAAUACCAGCUGCUACAUCAGCAGUUUGAAGAGGAAAGCAGAAAACAUGAGGAACAACUCCGACACAAUACAGUUGUGAUGAUGGAAAUGCAGGACACAAUAAAUGAAUUACAGCGAGAGUUAUCUGCUCUUGGUAGUAAGCGACGCGUACGAUCUGGAACUCCAAGUCAGCGUGUGAAGAAGCCUCCAUCGCCCGAAACCUCGGUGAUGUUCACACGUCUUGACUCGGACAGAAACGCGAAGAUUAUGAAGAGAGCCGUCAUGGACAACCGACUUCCUCCACACACAUACAAGGAAGUGGUUUCCAAGAUGGAUGAGUAUAUCAACAUGCCGGCUCAGAGAUUUGGGCAUCUGGUGCGCAAGUACAUACACCACUGUCGAAUGAAGCAAGUCGAAGACAAUGUGAGGAAGAGUAAGAGUCUUAAUGAAGAUGUGUUUGAAGUGCUUGACAAGAUGGAGGCUCUACAGAAUGAGAGAGCGAGACGGUGGGCGGACAGAAUGGAUGAAAUGGGAGCGGAACGACUCAGGCUGGCCAACAUUCUGAUGGACACUCUGGAUGGUGUAGAAGAGGAAUCAGGACUAUUCCUCAUCAAACCCAUGUACUCGUACAGGGGCAGAAAACCUAUGGAUCAUUAUGUUGGGAAACUGAGUCGGCCCGUGAGACCAAAACAUCGGCCUGCCAGUCGCACUUCAACCGGCGCUUUACCCCCCGCACCCACCCCAUCACAAGCAAGACUGUCCAAGGCAGACAUCAAGACACAACAGUUACCUCCGGACACUGUGGUGUAUAAGAAACCACUCGGACCUCUCGAGGGUGAUUCUACUGGGUUGUCUGGCUCGUCCAUCCCAUGCAUCGGUCAGAAUCCAAAUCAGAUGUGGAGUUUUUCAGCUUCCCAGACAACCGGAUUGACGGACACCGGACCAGGAGGCUACAAUACGCCUCGGAUUCUGGAGCUUGAUAUAAACAGGAUGCUCAUUAGUCAGAAUAAUGUCAGCACGACCCUGCAACAGCCGAUGACCUCUGACUGCCUGGUGAAUGCGUCGCAGAGCAACUUACGUUCUUACGUCACUGUGAGCAGACCCGUGGUCCAGCCAGCAGCUCAGCCAGCGGCUUCAGCCAAAACUCAAUUUGAAACCGGUCCUAGAGUUAUCCCACCCUCGACACCACAGCACCAUUCUGUUCGUGAGCCAGUUGAAGUAUCAGAGAAAGAUCGAAAUGUUCCUGUAACAUUACGUUAUGCAAGAACCCCUCCACUUCCACCUAUAGUGCCAGUACACACAGAGCCUCCUUCCAGCCCUCCUGGCUCCUCUGGCCGGACGUCUCCUCACCCAAAGGAAGUUUCAGAUUCCGGAAUCGAAGGAUCGAGUAAAGUUUUGACGAGAGAAUCCUCACACUUGACGUCUGCCAGCAUCUCUGGCAUGUCUGAAGAUUAAUUAAUCAGACAAUUAAUAAACUUGUGCUUCAAUGACAUUCCGUAAAAGGAGUCAGUAUUUUUAUGUCGUUUGUGUAAAAUUGUAUAUUCUAUAUGUCAGAUUGGAAGAUUAAUAAACUUGUGCUUCAAUGACAUUCCGUAAAAUGAGUCAGUAUUUUUAUGUCGUUUGUGUAAAAUUGUAUAUUCUAUAUGUCAGAUUGGAAGAUUAAUAAACUUGUGCUUCAAUGACAUUCCGUAAAAUGAGUCAGUAUUUUUAUGUCGUUUGUGUAAAAUUUUAUAUUCUAUAUGACAGAUUGGAAAAUCAAUUAACUUGUGCUUUAAUGACAUUCCUUAUAAUUAUUCAGUAUUUUUAUGUUGUUUGUGUAAAAUUGUAUAUUCUAUAUGUCAGAUUGGAAUAUUAAUUAACUUGUGCUUUAAUGAUAUUCCGUAAAAUUCUUCAGUAUUUUUAUGGCGUUUGUGUAAAAUUGUAUAUUCUUUUAUGUCAGAUUGGCAGAUUAACAAAACUUGUGCUUUAAUGAAUUGUGUGAAAAUGUAUAUUCUAUAUAUAUAUAUAUAUAUAUAUGUCAGAUUUUAAACUUGGUGUUCUUCAACUCCAACAAACCAAGUUAAACUGGCACCCCACAACGCCUUCAGCUCCAACAAACCAAGUUAAACUGGCACCCUUCAAUGCCUUGAGCUCCAACAAACCAAGUUAAACUGGCACCCCACAACGCCUUCAACUCCAACAAACCAAGUUAAACUGGCACCCCACAAUGCUGGUGUGAUUUGGUGCCAUCCUCUUGAAGUGUUUACAAAAAACCUAAAUGUAUGAGAGCUUGUGUCUUAAUAAUUUUUGUUUUUUCGCACUCUUCAAAUAGGAACAUAUUUAUUCAUGUUAUUACCAUAUUGCAUUCUUUUCCUCCUUGUUUGAAUAAAAUUGGUGUUUAAUUCGGUAGGACAGAUUUUCAAAGUGGGGGGAGGGGGCCCUCAUUUUUAUGGUUGUUCAAUCCUCAGGUUUCCGUAUUAGCAUUAUAAGACAUUUUAAAGUCUCGAAAUAAAAACUGACGAAAAAAGUGGGGGGGCUGAGCCCCCCCCCCCCCCCCCCCCCCCCUCCUCCAGCUCCAAUGGGCCUGUAAUUUCAGUAAAACAUUACAUUUGCAGUUUCAGUAUGUAUUAUUAUUAGUGCUUUUGGUGGAAACGAAAUUCAGGGCUCAAUUUAAUAAAAAAAUAUUGUAAGAGUAGUUUUGCAUGUAAACGUAAAUCUACAACUAAACCACUAUUCUUAAUACUACUAACAGUACAACUAACAAAGCAGGGAUCUCACUGACCCUCGAAAAGUGUCUUUUUUGAAGCAUGGAACUUGGACAGGACUCUUUAUUUUUUUAGUUUUAACUUAAAAUCCUAUUAUGGGACUCCCCAAAUUUCACAAGAAAGCUCAAAUGACCCCCAAUGAAGAAAGUUCAGUAAGAACCCUGAACAAAGUAUGCACAUUUCAUUUUCUUUUGCCCUUAAAAUGCAUCAUACAUGUACCAAUGGUGUAAUUUUCUGCCUGAAAUACAUGUUAAACACAUGUAAACAUAUGACUGAUAUGACUGCUAGUCUCUUUUGUGAAAUGGGCCACUGAUGUCAUAUGGAUUUUUGAGUUCCAAGUUCCUAAACUAAGAUUUAAACUUGUUAUCCAAAUUGCCAAAUGCUGAAAAUUGAAUUUGGUUAAUUUAUUUAUGAUCAAUUGGCCAAAAUGAAUUGCCUAAAAAGUUAAUCCAAAAGUUGUGUGUUAUUUUUAGAUCUACUGCCAUUUUGAGGUGUGUGCCUAGGACUGCAUGCUUGAACAUUAAUUGGAUAAAAGAACAAAAAUAAAUUAAUAUUAAAUUAGUUUAAUCAGACAAAAAUCUCAAUCAUGUACGGUAAUUUUUGCCUAAGAAUAUUGAGCAAGAUGUUAAAAAAUAUAGACCUUCAGGCAAAUAUUUUAAUGAACAUUGGGCAAAAGUGUUUUAAAUUUAAGAAAGCUUCAUAACCUGUUUGAUCAGAAAAUUAAUGUACCACCCCAGUUGUGCAAUAAUUAUAUUUUAUCUUGCUUCUAUCAGCUGAUUAUGAUGACUGAUUGAAGCAAAGUCAUAAAUGUAUGCUAGCAGAUUAUAACUUCUGACAUCACUCAUAUGAUGUCACACGUAUUGCUACAUUACAGAAUCACUCAUUUGACCUCUAGGUCAUCAUACAAUGUAGCUGACAUAACAGAAAUAGCAGCUCUUCCGUUUAUUUUUUAUGGUCUGCAGGAUAAAGAUAAUAACUAGUUAAUGACAUGGGAUAUCGGCCUCGGUGGUGGUGGCAUGGUUAGGCCAUCGGUCUACAGGCUGGUAGGUACUGGGUUCGGAACCCAGUCUAGGCA